GGACUCCACGUGAAGUUGGAGGAAGAACUCAGCACUGCCUUGGCCGAAGAAAGAAAAACGCGAGGCAAAGCGAUCUCAGAUGUGUGUCAGUACAUCGAGCACGUGGUGGCCCUGCAGGAGUCUGAUGCCAAAACAGAGAAACGGCGCACCGACAGUGUAGUUGCGGGACUUGAGGAUCGUGUGCAGGUAUUGGAAGAUUGUUUUUUCCGGCAACCUGAAUCGGCUGACGCGGUGGGCAACAUUGGCCAGAUGCCCGUGGAGCUGCCAGCACGUGGCAUGGUACCAGGAGCCGACAUCGAUUUCCCUUCCGCUCAUUCGCAGCCGGGCAUGGCGGCAUCACCAGCCCUUCCUGCCAGAACUGAUGCUCAUUCUGAGGGUCAGGCGGAAUCAGACUCUGGAGGUGCCUUUACCUUGUUCUCAGAGGAGAUGAGAGAAAGCUUGAAGCAUAUCGUUCGCAAAGUGGGUGACACCAUGUCCAAAGAUUCGGACAACAGGGCCGGGCAAGGAAGCCCACCGAAUAUGCGAGUGGUGGAUGCUUGACGAACAAUUUUAUAGCUGCAUGCCGAUGGCAUGACCUUUUGAAACUCAAUUUUGGGAGGAAGAAAAUCAAGAUUACUAAGGUUGGAUCAACAUUGAGCCUUGUCACAAAACAGCAGCUGAACAGAUGUCAGUCAGGACAUGAGCCACGAGUCAUGAUAUGCAAAUAAUUCUUGCAAUGGUAUCCUGGCGUACUAUCACCUUGAAGAAGUGGUAGGGUAUUCACAAUUCACUCUAGAAAAAGAGACACAUGUUCCCUUUUAAAGCCCUAUAUAUGUUUCUCGUGUCGAGCCUGAUGAUAGUGUGAUUUCACAACCUGCCACUGUCUUCCUCAAGGUGCGUGUGCGGGACCCUUUCUCUUCAAGAUUAUGAUACGUUUGUUUGCGCUACCUGCAAGUUUUUGGUGAUGGGGAGGGGGCAAAUCUUGUUUCAUGCUGGAGAUGCUUCGUCAGCCUCAGGCAGCUCAAUUGCCGGAUUCGGUCGUGGUUCACCUUUGUCUCCAUCUACUGUACAUACUUCGAGGUUGAUCAUGCCCCCCCAACCCCCCACAUGAAGUAUCACCUUCCCAACAGCAUAUAUAUAUACGUACAUGCUGAAUGUGGGGGCUGAAUCCGCAAGUGAUGAAGUAGGCGUGGUGGAGCUGUCUCUGUGGAAAACGGUUUGCUUACUCGGCUGAAAGACGCAAGGAACACAAUUUUUGCACGGCCUCACGCGCUAUUGCAGAGUCCUUUGAACCCUAUGUAACACAGUGGGGGCAUAAACAUAUGUGUUUCGCAGAAGGUCCAAAAGUGAAGAAAUCUUGCAGGACAAUGGAAAUUGGGUCAUUGCGACAUCUUGCGAUGACAGCUCCAUUUACCAAGACUAGCCAAGACCCAGUUUCUUAAAGUGCGUUCUGCGUUCUUUUGUGAAGGUCCAUCACCACGUGUCAUUGAUAUCUAGGAUGCUUUGGG